AUGGCUUUGCUUCAAGCUAGUCGCGGUAGUGCUUUUAUUUCAGAGUACCGACGUGCUCCCUCCGCAUCACCUUCCUUCAUCAGACGGAAAUGUAUCCUAAUCGGUUCUGGCGAAUGCGUCCUAAUCGGUAUCACGAAACAUCUUGAGCUUCCUAACUCGUUCAUGGGAUUCGUACUCUUGUGGUUCUCGGUGCACAAGUUGUCACCGGCUUUCUCAUUUUACCAUGGCAAUCUGCCAUGUGUGUUCAAGUGUCACUGCGUGUGCUCCAGAGAAGUCCACCCAUUGGAGCAUUUGCAGUGUAACUCCUGUACAUCCACUGAUUAA